AUGUCUUUGCAGGGGCAACAGAAGGGCUUGAAAGAUACAAUCGACACCGAUCCACUAUCACCCUUAGAACGAGCUUUGACGCCAGAUCUAGAGACUGAUGCUGAACAUUUGGCUCGUCCAGAGAUAACAUAUACUAAAACUGGGGCAUCAGUAGCAACCACUGGAUCGAGGAUACCUUCCUUCGAAGUUGACUUCGCCCCAGAUGAUCCCGAGGACCCUCGAAACUGGCCUCUGUGGUAUCGUGGUAUGCUCAUUGGAGCAGUCAGCUAUGCAACAUGGACCGUUGUUCUAUACAGCACUUCUUACACAUCGAGCAUGCCCGGUAUGAUGAAGCAAUUCAAUGAGACCAGCGAGCCAAUUACCACUCUCGGAGUCACAACGUACCUGCUCGGUCUCGCUGUUGGGAGUUUAAUCUUAGCACCAUUGAGUGAGAUCUAUGGACGGAGACCUAUCUACAUUGGCAGUCUUGCGCUGUACUGCUUACUAGUGCUGCCUUGCGCUCUUGCUACUUCCCUUCCCGAAGUUCUCAUUGUUCGCUUCUUUGGAGCUUUCUUUGGCUCUGCCAUGAUUUCGAAUGCCCCAGGCACGGUCAGCGAUAUCGUAACGGAACAAUACCGAGCACUCGCGUUCAGUGUAUGGAGUAUAGCGCCUAUGAAUGGACCGGUGACAGGUCCAUUGAUAGGAGGCUUCGCAGCGGAAUAUUUGGGUUGGCGUUGGACCAAUUGGCUUGUGAUGAUCCUCUCUGGAGUCGGUUGGAUCUAUCUUUCUUGUUUCAAAGAGACAUAUGCCCCGAAAAUACUACAGCAAAAGGCAGCAAAGAUGAGAGCAGAAACUGGAGAUGAUAGAUGGUGGUGUCGAUAUGACCAAAAACUGAGUCGUACCCAAAUUCUCAAGGUCAAUCUGUCUAGGCCAUUUAUACUUUCAUUUACGGAACCAAUCCUGUGGUUCUGGAAUGCUUAUAUAGCUAUCAUUUAUGGUAUCCUUUACCUUUGCUUCGUUGCAUAUCCUUUAAUCUAUACCGGCCUACGCGGCUGGUCUCUCGGAGAUACUGGUCUUGCUUUCGUCGGAAUUGGAGUCGGCACGAUGAUUGCGAUUGUGACGGAACCUCUCGCCAGACGAAUCGUCAAUAGGCACGAUAAAGACCCCGAGACUGGUCGAGUACCACCAGAAGCGUCCAUCAGCAUUGUUUGCUUUGCCUCAUUCUUGUGUCCGAUCGGCCAGCUUUGGUUCAGUUGGACUUCUGUACCGAUUACCAUUCACUGGAUCUGGCCUAUCCUGGCAGGCGUUCCAUUUGGAGCUGGCAACUGUUUGGUCUUCAUCUACGCUUCCAAUUACCUUGCUGGGUCCUAUGGUAUCUACGCAGCCUCGGCACUUGCUGGAAAUGCUGUCGUUCGAUCAUUCAUCGGUGGAACACUCCCUCUGGCUGGUCCAGCAAUGUAUUCUGCAAUGAGUCCACAGUGGGCUGGGACUUUGCUAGGGCUUAUACAAGUUGCAUUGAUUCCCAUUCCAUUUGUGUUCUACAAAUGGGGCGCCAAGAUCAGAGCCAAGAGUCCACUUAUCAAGCGGUUGAGAGAGGAUCAAGAAAGGAGGCAAAAGAAGCAAGAUGAUGCAGCUAGGAGAAGAGACCGAAGGAUGGCUAUUGAAAAAGGAGAAGAGUUGGCGGUGAAUGGUGGGCAGAACGGUGAUGUGGAGAAAGAAGCUGUGAAUAUCACACACGAGAAGGUUUGAAAGGAGAGUACGAUGAUCCUAAAAAUAAUAGAUAUAUAAUGCAAAUAUUGUGCCUCUG